AUGCCGCGACGAGACUUCUUGAGAGACUUGGAGAUGGCUGCCAUACCUGGCACCUUUUACAGCAUAAAUGAUAUCAAGACUGGAGAAUAUGAAGGAUCGAUCUCUUUCAUGUUUAAAUUACCCGUAGCGAACCUUGAAAUGAAGUUCCAGGUCGUAUUAUCUGACUCUCAUGAUUACCCCAAACAUCACAGCUAUCUGAUCUUUUCCACGUCUGAAGAUUGUCCCAAGGCUGUCACCUCAGCCGUCGAGAAAUGUGUUUCUUUCUUCACAGGCUCAACGAUCCAUGAUAUGCUGAGCAGCAUUGAGAAUGUUAUCACCGAUACUAUCGUUGAACCCAGUGACACAUCCAAUCGACUUGAUGAGGAAAUGGGCUUCAGCGACGACGAGGACCUGGCCUCUGAAUAUGGGGACUCGGGCUGGGAAGACGAAGAAUCUGACGACGUUCUUCUUGUGGGCAUUGAAAGUGAGCGCCUUGUACGCGAGAAGAUUCGUCGGGACUUGCUCGCUGCCAAGAACGCGGGAUUCAAGGUGGGAUACCUGGGAUCACCUCAAGGGGAUAUCAUCGUUUCUGUCUCCCGCCGCAUUGCCAAACUGGGACUUUCCGAGGAAGCUAUGGAUGCAUGGAAUGUUCGCCCCUCAGAGUACUUGGUAUUGCUGAUUCUUUAUCGACCAACCUACCUUGAUCUCGAAACAAUCUUCCAGGCGGCGAGCGAGUCAAAAGCUACCUUUGUUCAGAUGCACGUUGGGCUCUGCAAUUCAUACAAACCAUCUCUGGAAUAUGCUCUUGAGGCCAUUGAAAGCACACACGCUCAUACGACCAAGGACUCGAACACUGAUUCACACAACACACUAGCAGGCGACCCCAUGAAACCGCUAUUCACGGGAAGAUCAAUCAACUCGCUUCUCAAAGAACGACUCCUGAAGAUCAUCGGGCUUCGGGUACAGCAUGGACUUUCAUGGACAGGAGCCGAACAAUUCUUCCAUGUCAGCCAAGGCAAAAUCCUCAUCAACUAUGAUAACAUUUCAGACGAAUAUCGUCAGCUGGACAGCUGGGCUACUUCAACGCCAAUAUUUCUUUCGGCCGAUCAUAUGGUUGAGAUGGAUCGGAAUCUGAAUGUGCUAUCUUUACCUCUUCUUGCCAUGCAGUUUACCCUGCGCCAUUUUGUCAAAUGCACAGAGUUUUGUCUUGUCUGCCAUUGCAAGACCACUGAUACCUUCGAGGCACUCAAGCCAUAUGUUUGCUCAAGCGGUCUGUGCUUAUAUCAAUACAUGGCAAUGGAUAUGGGCACAAGUCUGGAGUACGAAAUAUGCUCGCAGCCAUUUGUCGUGGACCUGCUGAUUAGUCUGGCGUACUCCCGAGCUACAUCGUUGCUUCUCGAGGACUUCCCAACCGGUCUUCAGCUUCGUGUUCCCGCGCAAAUGCUUUCAAAAAAAGACCUCAAGUCCGAUCCGCUUCGUAUCGGGCGAUUGACUGCAAGGAAGCUUGAUCUUCGCACAGACACCCCACCUCAGGUCAAAGUAGGUGACUGGAUUGUCAUCGUCCGACCCGAGGCCUCUAUCGAUCAGGAUCUAUGGAGGGAAUACUGGCAUUGCCGCGUUGAAAAAGUCGGCGAAUUCUCUAAUCAUAUCCAAAUCUCACGACCAAUCACUCUCGGUUGUCAGUUGCAGACAGCAGACCUGAUAGAUCAGCCGAAACAGGUGAACUUUGUGGUCUACAAUACAAACUUUGAUGAUUUGCCAGCCCCACAGAAGCAAGCCAUGAUCGCAAUGCUGCUGUCUUCGCUUCCUGAAAUCAAGGACAUGAAAGCGUACAUCGGCGAGAAUGGAACAGAAAGGCUUCUCUCUUCGUGGAAGGAUAUGAUUUCACCAGCCGCAUUGGACCUUUUACGAUGGAUUGUUGCAUCGAAUCGAUCGUUCAUUAGAAUGGACAAUCAGGACACUUGUCAUAUAGUGCGUGGAAUGCAUGGCUAUGUCCAGUUUCGACUUGUGCAGGGUGCAGCGGAUAAAGAGCAGCGCUUUGUGGAUGCGGUCACGUCCAUUUCCAUGAACACCCGUCCAAAGCACCCGACGAUCUUCGCUUGGCAUGGAAGCCCUGUGCAUAACUGGCACAGUAUCCUGCGCGAGGGUCUUCAUUUCAAACGAAUAAUCAACGGCCGGUCCUGUGGCAAUGGAGUUUACAUGUCCAAUACCUUCCAUACUUCACUGGGAUACACCAAUAGCCCUACCGUUGGCGGCUGGCCCCAGAACCGGAUGAACAUCCGGACAGUGGUUUCUUUGAACGAAGUUGUCAAUUCACCAUCCGAUUUCGUGAGUCAAAGACCCCACUACGUUGUGCAAAAUUUGGACUGGAUCCAGCCAAGAUACCUUUUCGUCAAGCUUAACAACCCCUACGAGGAUUCGAAAGCAUCCAUGCCAUCAAGCGCCACUCAAGAUAUGAGUCUGGUUUACAAACAGGACCCCCAGCUUCAUGUUAAUGGUCCCGAUGGGAAUCCCAUCAGGAUACCAUUAUCAGCACUAGGCGGCCAUCGUGGUCGGCCUCUUCGAGUUGCAACUGAACAGCAAGAUGCACCAGUGGUCCUUGAUCUUGCUACGCCACCUAAAAGACGCAAACUCAUGUGUGGACAGACCCAAGAUGAACCCAUUGACGUUGAUGGCAACGAGAAUAAUGAUACUAAUGAGAACAAUGACACCAACGACAACUACAAUAACGACAAUGAUGAUAAAAACAGCAUCGAAACAGACAUAGAAGAUCUCUUAAUUCUUUUCUCGGACGAUGAAAUGGAGGAUACUCAAACAGGAAGCUCACAAACCCGCUUCACCUCCGUCGAUCCCAAAACUGAUUUCCGACCUGGAACCCUGACAGAGGAAUCUUUACCCCUGCUCAACCCACCAAAAUAUGCCACCACACCAGCGACAAAGCUGCUCCAGCAGCAUCUCAACGCAACCCUCAAAGUCCAGGAAAAAGUCCCACUCAGCGAACUGGGCUGGUACGUCGACCCUAACCUGAUCACAACAGUCUACCAAUGGAUUGUGGAACUGCACACCUUCGACCCAGAGCUCCCCCUCACAAAGGAUCUUAAAGCAGCCAAUCUGGAGAGUAUCGUUCUCGAGCUUCGAUUCCCCGCCGAAUUCCCAAUGAACCCGCCAUUCGUACGAGUCAUUCGUCCUCGCUUCCUAGAGUUUGCUUCUGGAGGUGGCGGACACGUUACGGCCGGUGGCGCCAUGUGCAUGGAGCUCCUUACUCAUUCUGGAUGGUUGCCUUCUGCUUCAAUUGAGAGUGUCCUGCUGCAGGUUCGCAUGGCUCUUACAACCACUGACCCACACCCAGCUCGUUUGUCAACUCGUCAUUCCAACAUUGACUAUCUAGUUGGUGAAGCAGUGGCUGCUUAUGUUAGAGCUUGCAAAAUGCAUGGAUGGAAGGUUUCUACUGAGCUUGAGCAGAUUGCUUGGUGA